UUCAUUGAUCUUCUUAAAAAAAGUUUAUUUCUUUUAUGUUAAAGUUAUGAUUUUGUUUUUUUAGUGUAAGAUCGCAAUGAGGAAAACAAGAAUAAGUUGAUUGUGUCAUGAUAAAUUAAAUUGACAAAUUAUUUUGUAAUAAGCUAAAUGACCAAUAUAUCGAGACACACACAAAUAAAUUAUGUAAAUUACUUAAGAAUUAAAGUCGAUUUAAUUAAGAACAAAAUAUUCAUCUUUAUUUCGAAAGUAAAACUAGUGUAACAUAAAAAGAAAUCAUCAAAAUAACAUUAAAAAAUAUUAAUUUGUAGCUCGAUUUUUUCACUCCUAGUCAAUGCCCUAUAAUAGAGCCACACACACACUCUGAAUACAUAAUCAACAACCACGAACCAGAACCCCAACCCGACUCCUACUUUUAUCUCUAUCCCAACCAUUGACUCGAUGGUUAACAAAGCUCUAAAUUAAUUUUUUUGAAAUAUUUAUUUUAAAUUAUAGAAUUUAUCUUCUAAUUUUGAGGGUAUUAAUUUAGGCAGAAAUAAAUCAUAAAAUAAAUAAUAAUAACAUACAAUUUCACAUUAUAUCAAAUCAAAUAUUUCACUCUUAACUUCCAAACACAAAAUAAAUGUACCUUAAAAAAAGACAAAAACAAAAGGAAACAAUAAUUUGAAGGUAUUCUAUGUAAAUUACUCAAUUAAAUACAAAGCAAUGGAUGAAAGUAUUAAAGUAGCUCAACUAAUUAAGUUACCAAGUAUAAAGUUUGGUAGAAGUACUCUCUACUCUCUACUCAAUUAAUAUUAAUUCAUUCAUUAUUAUAUUAUCUAUAAACUAUAAUCUUUCUUAGCAUAUAAGUUACCUAAAUAUUUAUAUUCACAACCAUCCAUUUCAGAUUGGAAUCCAAUUCCUUCCUAAACCACACACGUGUCACUCACGUGGAUAGCCUCCAUAAUCCUAAACGCGUUCCUUUUCUCUUUGGAAUUUCUUUUUUAAAAAAAUCUUCAAAAAUAAUUUAGUAUAGAAUAAUUUGAAGUGUAAAUACUAAGGUUUAGAUUUCAUGAGAAUAAACAUAUCAAACUAAAUUAAAUUUUAAUGACCAACUAGUUUAUGUUUUCAUGGUUGUAAUGUUAAUCUUCUUCUAUACUUGGAUUUUAUAUUCUCUCAAAGUUUACUUCUUCUAAUUCUACCAUCUCAAACUCAAACUCACAUAACAAACAUUCUAUUAGACGGUAUUUAGUUGUAAGGAAUGAAAACAUAGUUAGAAUAUAAAUGACAUUCUAAUACUUUAAAUGAAAUUAAAUAAUGUAAUAGAAUAAAAAUUGUUUCAUUUUUAUAGUAUUCUAUUUUAUUACCUCCAACUAGCUAAACGUCACCUUAAGUUUAACUUUUUGAUGGUAAUAUUACUUACGGUUAAGUUUUAUUAUUCACAUGUCAUUUUUUAUUGGUACAUAUAAAUUAAUUUUUAAAUAAAAAUAAAAAUUUAAUGAUUUGAACACUGUUAUAUGAACUUAACAUUUAUAACAACAAUUUACUUACGAAAGUUCCAGAAAUAUAAUUUAAAUAUUAUUACCAUCAAAAACUAAAUUUAAACAUUUAAUUGUAAGUGAGAGUUAAACUUAAAUGUUUAUAUAGGAUUUUUUUUAUUAUUAUUUUUACACUUCAAUAAUUUUUUUUUUUUGUAUUUUUAUAGAAAUACACAUAAAAACUCACAUAGCAACUAACGAAACAACUUAAAUCGCAAUCAAAAUCCACAUAGUAAUUUACAUAGAAACUACCAAAUCAACCAAAAUCGUAAAUUUUUUUCAAAAAAAUAAUAAUUUCUCUAUUUAUAUUGUAUCUUUCAACAAAUAAACAAAAUAUGGUUUGGCACUUUGGCUCGCGAUUAGAUUUCUACAGUUUAUGGUUUGGCAAAAUAUACUUAGACAACGAACUAUUUUGAUUCGAAAAAAUUUUACUACCGAUUAUAAUUUGUUGUAUUGUUAAUUAGUGUAACUCUAUUCACCACCUCAAAAAAAAAAAAUAAAUAAAUAAAUAACCAAAAAUUCAUUUGCUACGGUUACUUGCGUCGGUCCAUUUGAAAAUAAAACCAAAAAUAAAUUGAAAAAGAAAAGCUUUUUGAAACGAAAGCGGAAUCAUUCCAAUCAAUUCCAUUCCCAUUUCCAAUCUUUCCUCUACGGAAUCCGAUUCCUUUCCCUUUCCAAGUUUAAUCGAAUCUUAUGGAAAAUUCAUUCAUUUCCUUUCUUAUCAUAUCUACAAAAAAAGAUUUUUGACUCAGUUUAAACCAAAGAAACAUCACUGUUUGUUCCCAAUUCAAAAUAAGGAAAAAGAUUGGAUUUUUUUUUUUUUUUUAUUCCAAUUUUGGAUUAUGAAAUUGCUCUGACCAAGUAGUUGGGUACUAGGGAGAAUCAUCUUCUUCUUCAGAGUCAAGAUGAUUUGGUUUUGUUUAGGGAUUGUAGUUGGGGCUUUGGUGAUUUUAGCUGUUGAAGCUUAUAUUGUUCUUCUCGUUCUUAAUCGAUUAAGCCGCAAAAUUAAGCCUAAAGAUCAACCUGUACAGCUUGACCCUAAUCAAUCCCUUGAUUUCUCCAACAACAAACAGGGAGUGGUUUGGGUGUUAGAAUCAAAUAAGGUUGCAAAAGAUUUGAUUGAGCAAAAGAGGAAGAAAGAAUUCAUUGAGGUUUAUCCAGUUAAAAAACAAGCCAAAAUCAAGGAUAAUUCUCUUGUACUGACUGAUUCAGAUGGUUCUUCCAAGACUAGAAUUGUUAAUUUGAAAGGUUGCAGUAUUGAAGCUGUUUCUGCUUCAAAUCUUUCUUCAAGAAAAUGGGCCAAACGAUUUCCGAUCAAAUUGGAAAACAAGGAGUCUGCUAUUUACAAGGAUUCUAAAAUCGUCUACAUUUACCUCGACACUUCCUGGGAAAAAGAAUCAUGGUGUAGAGCUCUUCGCCUGGCAUCAUGUGAUGAUAAAAGUAAAAUCGAUAGACUCGUGAUGUUGCAGAAAGAGUUUCGCAAUUAUCUGACUUCCUUAAAUGUGGGGUACCCUUCGUUCAUGAAACCAUCAGCGGGGUUUUAUGCUGCUGAUUUAGUGGAUAGGACGCCUAAAACUGAAGGUGCAUCCUCGAAGGUUCGCACAUUGUGGAAGAAGAUUGCGAAAAAGGCGUCUAAGGGCAGUGGUCUAGAAAAUAAGUCAGCUUGGGAGAAAUUUCAUUCGUAUCAGGAUUCAGUUCUUGGCACUAGCUUCGUAAAGAACGCUCCUCCGGUUGAUACAGUUAAGCAUUCGACAGAAGAUACUAAUAGUACAUCAUCAACAUUAUCUCAUUCCAGUAGCCAAAAUCAAAAUUCUGCUGUAUCUGAGGCGGACAUUGAUGAAAGACUUUGUAUCGAUGAGGGAACUCUGUGUUGGAAUUUGUUAAUCUCGCGGCUCUUUUUUGAUGCUAGAAAAAAUGAAGCAAUGAUUAAAUCCCUGCAAGCACGUAUUCAGAGGACACUGUCUAAUAUGCGAACACCCGCUUACAUUGGUGAAGUCAUCUGUACCAAUGUUAAUCCUGGGAAUAUCCCACCUUAUAUUCACGGUAUGAGGGUUCUUCCCACGGAGAUGAGCGAGGUGUGGGCCUUUGAAGUCGACAUUGAAUAUUCUGGUGGUGCGAUAUUAGGCAUUGAAACAAGACUCGAAGUUCGUGAACUAGAUCCUGAAAAGAGCACGGUGGAUUCAAACUCUGUUGGUGAUGUAUCGCCAGAUCUUCUUGAAGGUUUCGAGUAUUAUGGAAAGCAGUUAAAUCUUGCUGAAGGGACUGUUGAUGCUGCAGAGAAUAAAGAGGAUAGUGAUCCUAAACCAGAUAAAUUGAAAAGCUCUAAAAGUUCUCUGUCAGCUACAACUUAUGGUUCCAGGUGGAAAUCUAUUGUAAAUUCUAUUGCUAAACAGGUUUCCGAGGUGCCCAUAUCUUUGGCGAUAAGGGUAGCAUCCCUUCGAGGAACACUGCGGGUACAUAUAAAGCCACCACCUUCGGAUCAAUUAUGGUUCGGGUUUACAUCCAUGCCUGAAAUUGAUUUUAAGUUGGAUUCAUCUGUCGGGGAACAUAAAAUUUCAAAUGGGCAUAUUGCUUUGUUCUUAAUCAGCCGGCUUAAGGGAUCAAUCCAUGAUACUCUAGUGCUUCCAAACUGUGAAAGUGUAUGUAUUCCUUGGAUGUUGGCAGAAAAGGAUGAUUGGGUGCCGAGAAAGGUAUCUCCUUUCGUAUGGCUUAAUCAAGAAUCUGGAAAUGAUUCUGCUAAUGCUAAUGAUGUACUUAACGAUCAAUCUCCCGAAGAAAAACUCAAGACAGAAGCUAAUCGGGGAUCCUUCAAGGGGCAUUCUCCGGGCAAUAAUCAAACUCUAAAGACUGUUGAAAGCGUUCCAUGUACCAAUGAAUCAUUAGAUAUUGUAUCACAUCCAUCGACUCCCACUAAUCCAUCAAAUAGGACUAUGAACGAGUUGACAACCCCGUUGUUGAGGAUUGACGAAACAAAUGGAACAGAGAAAGGCAAGGACGAUAAGAUCCCCGAUUCUCAAUUCUCUUCUAGGUCUGUGAGUAUGUCAUCAUCCGUCGAAGAGGAUGACUCGAGGCCUAAGAGGUUGGGAAGAAGGACAAGGAUGCUUGAUCUCGGUAAGAAGAUGGGCGAGAAAUUGGAAGAAAAAAGGCGACACAUAGAAGAAAAGAGUAAGCAAAUUGUUGAGAAAAUGAGAGGAACUUGAAAACCCGAAAAGGGAUAGCAGAAAUAUUGUUGUUUUUUUUAACAAAAUUGGAUUAGUUUGAAUGGUAUGUGUGUACAUUUUCAUUUGAGUAUAGUCCCCAUGUGAGUACAGAAAUAUGUUCUAUUCAUUGCUUGUACAUUAGCUAUUUUUGCACAAUGUUGAUGAUAUAUGCUUGUGCAAGUUUUUAAUCUUUUCUUUAGUGCACAAUAAAAAAAUGUAAGGAUUUUAUUAGAAACUUCACUUUUGCAUUACAAAGUAAGUGAAAGAAAAAUGUAGUAUAAAUUUCUAUUUGAUCA